CUGCUUCAUUUCAGCAUUUCUUCACUCUUAAUUUGUGCAUUCUGAGGUAUUGCUCUUUUUUUUCUUUCUUUCUUUUUUCAAAAUGUAGCCUCUUAUUUUUAGGAGUCCUAUUUAUACUCCCUCUAAAAGAGCUUUAUCAUUUAUAUAUACUUAUUUAAGUACAACAAUGUAAUUUAACAUUAUGAAACAUUUAGUGCGUUGAGAUUUUUAUUUAUUUAUUCAUUUCAAUAGUAUAAUGUGUUAUAGCAUAAUAUCAUAUGGAUGUUUUCUUACAAAUGAAAUACAAAAAUAGUAGUAUUAUAUUCAGUAAAUUUUGCACAAUUUCAUUUUUACUAGCACACUAAAAUGUGUUAUAGCUAUGUACAUAUAGUAUUAUUGAGUCGUUAUCAGUCACAUGACAUGUAUAGUAUUCGAAAUUCAGAUCAAAUACACAACCUAAUGAAAUAUACUAAACUUUAGUAUUUCUUCACUUGUCCCCUUUUUUUCCUUCUCAUUCUUCACUUAUCUAUUUACCUAAAUCUUAAAAUAAAAUUCAAUUUUAGCAAAGGUAGGAAGCAUCACAAUUCCUAGUCAUAGAGACAAGUAUUGAUUAAUCUACAACACACACCACCCAAAUAAAUAUUUAUUUCCCACCUCACAUCCCAAAACAUCCAAUCCCACAUCAUUGGAUAGUAUAUCCAAAGCAACCAAUGAGAUGAAGAUAAACCCCACUUCUCCAUCCAUGCAUUCCUUAUCCUCAUCAAAACACACACCACACACACUAAACCCACCACCACAUAUUUAACCCCCUCUCUUCCCUCUUCCCAUUUCUUGAUUUCCCACCACCCUCAAAAUCAACCAUCCCCACUCCAAAACCAAAAUCAAAAUCAAACAAUGGCCGCCAUCACCUCCGCCGCCGUCGCCAUCCCCUCCUUCACCGGGCUGAAGGCCGGCGCCGCCUCGGCCGCGAAGCCCGCCGCCGUCCGCAUGGCCCCCCCGAGGGUCGGCGCGAGGGCGUCCCUGAAGGACUUGGGGCUGGCAAUGGCGGCGACUGCCGCGACGGCCGUGAUCGCCGGAAACGCGCUGGCCCUGGAGGUGACCCUGGGGAGCGACGACGGCGGGCUGGUAUUCAUCCCGCAGAACUUCGAGGUGGCGGCGGGGGAGGAGAUCGUGUUCAAGAACAACGCGGGGUUCCCCCACAACGUGGUGUUCGACGAGGACGAGGUGCCCGCGGGCGUGGACGUGGCGAAGAUCUCGAUGUCGGAGGAGGACCUCCUCAACGCCAAGGGCGAGACCUACGCCGUGAAGCUGACGGCGCCGGGAACCUACUCCUUCUACUGCUCGCCUCACCAAGGGGCCGGCAUGGUCGGAAAAGUCACCGUCAAAUAGACUCACACAAAUGGAAAUGGUGAUGCCUAAUUAAUCAUCUCGUUUUUGUAUUUUCAACUUCCAAAUCAGAGAUUUAUAGAACAUUAAUUUGGUCUAUGUAUGAGAUGAUUACUGUGAUUUUUAUGAUCAUGGUGUGCCUGUGUAUUCCACAUUUCUUUAAUCGGAUUCUGUAAAUUUUGCUUGCUA